UCUUUCUUUUUUGAUUUAAAGGCAGAGGAAUUCAUUUGUUUCACAUGUCAUCAAAUCUUCUACUUCAAGCCACAUCAUGUUAAACAAGAUCAUUCUGCUGCUGUCUCUUCAGAUAAGCCUCCUAGGAACCACUUAUGGUGGGAAUGUUCUGCUAUGGCCAGCGGAAGGUAGUCAUUGGCUAAAUGUUAAGAUAAUUAUAGAUGAUCUGAUUAAAAGAGAGCAUAAAGUGACUGUACUAGUUGCCUCUGGUGCACUCUUCAUCACACCAACUUCUGAAUCAUCUCUGACAUUUGAAAUAUAUAGGGUGCCCUUUGGCAAAGAAAGAAUGGAAGAAAUGGUUAAGAACUUCGUUCUGACAUGGCUAGAAAAUAGACCAUCUCCUUCUACCAUCUGGAGAUUCUAUCAGGAGAUAGCCAAAGUCAUCAAGGACUUCCACGUGGUGACUAGGGAAAUGUGUGAUAGUAUUCUACAAAACCAAAAGCUGAUGGAAAGACUGAAGAAAGGCCAGUUUGAGGUCCUGGUAUCAGAUCCAGUAUUUCCUUGUGGUGAUAUAAUAGCUUUGAAACUGGGAAUUCCAUUUAUGUACUCCUUGAGGUUUUCUCCAGCCUCUACAGUGGAAAAGCGCUGUGGGAAGGUACCAUACCCUCCUUCCUAUGUUCCUGCUGUUUUAUCAGAACUCACCGACCAGAUGUCUUUCACUGACAGAAUAAGAAAUUUCAUCUCCUACCAUCUACAGGACUACAUGUUUGAUACUCUUUGGAAAUCAUGGGAUUCCUACUAUAGUAAAGCUUUGGGUGGUAGCCACUGGUUAAAUAUUAAGAUCAUUCUAGAAGAAUUGAUUGAAAGAAAUCAUAGUGUGACUGUCCUGGCUUCAUCAGCAACUCUAUUAAUCAAUUCUAAUCCUGAUUCUCCUGUGAAUUUUGAAGUGAUACCUGUCUCCUAUAAGAAGAGCAAUAUAGGACUUAUUGAACAUAUGAUAAUGCUGUGGAUAGACCACAGACCAACUCCUCUAACACUCUGGACUUUCUACAAAGAAGUAGGGAAAGUCCUAGAUGUUUUCUUUCGAAUGAAUUUACAAAUCUGUGAGGGAGUAUUAAAUAACUCCAAGUUAACGGCAAGACUUCAGAAAGGUGAUUUUGAUGUGUUGGUAGCAGACCCAGUAACAAUCUGUGGUGAUCUGGUUGCUCUGAAGUUAGGAAUUCCAUUUAUGUACACGUUGAGGUUCUCUCCAGCCUCAACAGUGGAAAGACACUGUGGGAAAAUCCCAGCACCUGCCUCGUAUGUACCAGCAGCCUUAUCAGAGCUCACUGACCAGAUGACCUUUGGUGAAAGGGUUAAAAACACCUUAUCUUAUCCUCUGCAAGAUUAUAUAUUUCAAUCCUACUGGGGAGAAUGGAAUUCAUACUACAGCAAAGUUCUAGGAAAACCCACUACAUUAUGCGAGACUAUGGGGAAAGCUGAAAUUUGGCUAAUCCGAACAUACUGGGAUUUUGAAUUUCCUCGCCCAUACUUACCUAACUUUGAGUUUGUUGGAGGCUUGCACUGCAAACCUGCCAAACCUUUACAUAAGGAAAUAGAAGAAUUUGUCCAGAGCUCAGGUGAACAUGGUGUUGUGGUUUUUUCUCUGGGGUCAAUGGUCAAAAACCUCACAGAAGAAAAGGCCAAUCUCAUUGCCUCUGCCCUUGCCCAGAUUCCACAAAAGGUUUUAUGGAGAUACAACGGAAUGAAACCAGCCACAUUAGGAGCCAAUACUCGACUCUAUGAUUGGCUACCCCAGAACGAUCUUCUUGGUCAUCCCAAAACAAAAGCAUUCGUAACUCAUGGUGGAACUAAUGGAAUCUAUGAAGCUAUUUAUCAUGGGGUCCCUAUGGUGGGAGUUCCCAUGUUUGCUGAUCAGCCUGAUAAUAUCGCCCACAUGAAGGCUAAAGGAGCAGCUGUGGAUGUGAACAUAAAUACAAUGACAAGUGCAGAUUUCCUCAAUGCUUUGAGAACAGUCAUUAACGAUCCUUCUUAUAAAGAGAAUGCAAUGAGAUUAUCAAGAAUUCACCAUGAUCAGCCUGUUAAGCCUCUGGAUCGAGCUGUCUUCUGGAUUGAGUUUGUCAUGCGCCACAAAGGAGCCAAGCACCUUCGGCCAGCUGCCCAUGACCUCACCUGGUACCAGUACCAUUGCUUGGACGUUAUUGGGUUCCUACUGGCCUGCGUGGCAACGAUUAUACUCUUGAUCACAAAAUGUUGUUUAUUUUCUUGUCAAAAAUUUGGGAGAACAGGAAAAAAGAAAAAGAGGGAAUAGAUUUGUCCAGUUUGGCAAAUGCUGGUGCAGGGCAAUUUCUGUUGAUUUUUAGCCAUAAGAAGCUUAAUUAAAAAAAAAAUUAACAACAUCGCAUAUGUCCUGUAGAGCACUCACCUCACUCCUUUAGUCUAGUUAUAUGGCUUAAAAUUCAAUAAGAUCUUUAACUGACUGUGUCCCAUUCUUCCUUUGUCUCUUCCCAGAGUUUUGCCCUCUUCUCAAAUUCCUGACUUAGGGACACUAAUAAUUCUAAAUAUGUCCUAUUCAUAACAUUAAUAUUUUCUUUUUUUAACCUUAAGUGAUAUGAUGAAUAACAAUAUGCUGACUCCUGGGGAGUGCACAGAAUGUGAGCUGAAUUUGAUGGAUGUAAGGAACUCAGAAGAGUAAAAUUCACAAACACUCACAGACCAUACAAGUCAGGAAAGCACCAUUAGAAAUGUGUUUGUUAUGAGAAAAGUAAAGAUUUCCUUUUUUCAACAAAAUUAGGUCUUCUGUUUGCCCAAUGCUAUUGGAAUUAACUGUGAUAAACCAUCACAUUUGGAAAGGUUAAAAUAUCCCAUGGAGUUUAUCCAGAUAACCAUGGCCUACAUUUCUGCCUUUAGUAAAUAAAAAAAUAAAAAUUCUUCUGAGCCUUUUAUGCACAAGGGACAGUUCUGGGUAUUGACUUCAAACAAAUAAGUGAAUCAAUUAAGUCAUUUUUUCUCAGGGACAGAAAAUGUCAGCAAUAUAUUCCAGAUAAACAGAUCAUUUCAGUAGAAAUAACUACAAAAACAUAAGAAAAAUUAUUUUACUGAUUUUAUAAAAUUUUUAAUUAACAGUACAAUAGAGACUCUUAAAGUUAAAUGUCAAUUCAUUAUGUAUAGCAAUAACUAAAAUUCAUAAUCUUUAUUCUUUAUAAUCAAACAUAUAAUUACAAUUGAAAGUAUAAUUUACUGUGGGAAAAAUAAAUAUUUAUUCUAAAAAUAAGAUCAUUAUUUUCCAGUCUCUAUGUUCUACAAAAUCUAUUCAUAAAUUAAUUAUCUCCUAUGCUAAAAACAUAAGCUAUUGGAAGAUCUGCUUAUCCAAGCAUAUACUGUAGUAAAUGUUUAUCAUUAUAAAACUCUCCAAUAAAGAAUAGAUUUAUUCAUACACUAAUCAGCUUUACAUUAAUUUAACAAAUGUAUCAAUGUUUACAGUUUAUUUACCCUCUUAUAAUCUUAAUAAGAUGUCUUCCUAAAGUUUUAACAUUUGAUAUAUUACUGCAGGAUAUAUGACAUCCAUAGAUUUCUCAAAAAUUUAGAAUUCUUUACAUUUUAAUGUUUCAUAUUCAAAAAUAUCUUCCAAUUUAAAAAUAACUAUACGACGGGAAAAUGUAAUUACUCUUUCUUGAAUA